AUGCGGGCACAAGCCCAGCAGCGGCACCGGGACCUGUCGCGCUUUCUCCUGGUCAGCAGUCGCACGCCCGUCGCGCAGGCUUAUCCUGCAGCUAACCACGUCCCCGCAGGAAGAGUACCAUGCCGUCAAGGCUCGCCACCCCGGCGAGGGAAGAAGAUUAUGGCGGCUGCGAGUCGCGGACGCAUCCUCCGAGAAAGCCUCGCACGUCCUCUCCGCGCAUGUGCCAUCCCGCCGCUUCUCAUCCGCAUCCCGUCUCCACAGCUCUCCCCAGUGCCGGUGGACGAGGACGCCGGCUUCGUCGCGGACGACGACCCGCUCGACGGGCUCUCCGACGACGCCCCGGGCCUCGGCGUCCUCGUGCGCACCGACUUUGCGAACGAAGAUGCGUGGCACGCGUUCUGCAGCAGCCUCCAGGGCGCGGAGGCGGAAUUCGUCUCCGAGCGGCCCUCCGAGGACGCAAGCACCAGAGACGCACCGCGCGCGUCUCCCACAGCAGCGGACGACGAUGCUAUGGAUGAAGACAGCAACAGCGACGACGACGAAGACCCCGAGGCCGAGCCGGGCCCCAUCAUAUUCGUCCUCGACGCUGGCCCCGCCGACCGGGCACGCUUCGCCAACAUCUCGAAUCUGACUGCCCUGCGGCUGCUGAACGACGUCGACGUGCGCCGUGCGCCGGCGGUGCCGGCAGGGACGAGGCGCAUCAGGCCCCCCAACCGACUCGUGGACCACGACGGCUGGCAGGAGGUCUACACUGGCAAGACGAUCUGGAUCUACGAUGCAAAGUCGAACAGCGAUCAGUGUGCGCGCCUAGUGAGCCAGCACGGAGGGCCGUAUGGCACCGCUACUGGGGAUAGCUGGCGAGCACGCGUGAGCCAUCUAUGCGAACUGCAGGUCAACCUUGCAUCUGGCGCCAUGUCGAUCAAUUUUGGGGAGCAGGACCGCUGGGAUCAUGAUGAGCGAGUGAGAAACAUGGCGGAUGCCAUACGUUGA